GAAGAUACACUCGCCCGACUCCCUCUGUGAAACCUCUCUCCGAAAAAGAGAAGACAAUUUCACAAACACCAGAACGACGAUGCAGGACUCCACCGUUGGGGAUGCGCCGCGGCUGGGCUCGUGGUUCGGAGAAAGGGGGAGAAGGGGCUCGGAGGGGUAGUGGUGGAGGGGCCAACUGGUAAUCUGGUAGCGAGGGUGGUGGUCCGCCGGCUGGCCAAGGGGUUGGUGGUGGUGGAGCUGGAGAGUGGUGGAGACGCCGAGAGGGGUUUCCUUCAGGGGAAACUUUGGCCGGCGCUGAAGGGGCCCGUCAAGGGAAACGCGAAUUCCGGUUCAGCGGCCGACCGGCCGGACCCGAUUUUAUGAGAGUCUACUUGUUAUUUUAAAUUUAUUUGACUGGGCUCACCGGGAUAUUAGUUCCCGUGAGAUCAUCAACGGUCAAGCGCCGUUUCGAUGCACAUAAGGGGUGUAUUUUCGCAAACAGUUAUCUGAGAUGGAUACAAAAAAGGGGGAAAAAAAGGCUGUUUGAUAAUUGUAAGAACUAAGAUUUCUCAGGUGAUCUUUUUUAUUUGAUUACCUGUUUUAUGGAGGACGGUAAAUUGGAGACUGGUUAAUUAAUUAUUUUUUCAGAAAUACUUACGAAAAGGAUUUUUUUUUUCAA